AUGCAUCCGACGGUUGCAAUUUUGGCGUCACAAGUUCAAAAAACAAAUCAGAGUGGUUGGCAUAAACUCGUAAGGCUUAUGAGAUACAUGCACUCUACCAAGAAAUGGCAUCUCACGCUGAGCGCUGACAACCUUUGGGUAAUGAAGUGGUUUGUUGAUGCGUCUUUUGCAGUUCACCCUGAUUUCAAGAGUCACACAGGAGGGGUGAUGACCAUGGGUGGUGGAGCUAUGCAGGCUAUGUCCAAGAAACAGAAGCUAAACAGUCGCAGCAGUACACAUGUAGAACUAAUCAGAGUAGAUGAUGCAAUCACACAAAUGUUGUGGACACGCAUAUUCAUGGAAGAACAAGGUUAUCCAAUUGAGAAAAAUAUCUUGUAUCAAGACAAUAUGAGCUCUAUUCUCCUCAAAAAGAACGGGAGAUCAAGUGCAGGAAAGAGAAGCCGUCAUUGA